GCGCAUUAUGGACGUCUAAAUUUACAAGCUUCUGUUAUUCUGAGCAGGACUAGUGCCAGUUUGUCUGGAGAUCAGCCUAUCCGCUGACAGCGUUCGGAUGCUGAUCUACUUUUGUCCAAUUAACAAUGUAGGCAAACAAAUCUUUCCCCUCCUACAGCUCGCCUACGUUUGAUCAUCGGCAACUUGAUAUUUAACCAACCUCUUGCAACAUGCGUUACUAUGGCGAUUUCGCUGUCUCCACCCUGUUAAGCAGCACGCUCAGCCUCGAGCUCCUCAGCCAUACAAGUGCUGCUGCUGCCUAGUGCUGACUCACGUUGCCCAGCCGGCUCAUCAAUACAGCCUGGUCACGUUGGUUAAUUCAUUAGCUAGUCGUUGUCCCGCGGUGGUCGGGUAUCCUUCGACUCUUGAGAAAAAGUUGGCGAGAAGCUGCUGGUCUACCACAAGUUAACAUGGCUGCAGUCUCUCGACGUAUUUCGAUGCUGGGGAAAGAUGGUCCCAUCAAGAACAUCGAGCGGGAGCUCAUUUGCCCAAUAUGCAAAGAACUUUUCACACAUCCUCUCAUUUUACCAUGCCAGCACAGCGUCUGUCAUAAAUGCGUCAGAGAGCUUCUUAUGCUUAACAAUGAAGACUCCUUCAGCGCAGAUGGGGGGUCCGAAUGCUCUCUCCCCGGCAGUCCACGGUCCAGAGUUCCCUCCCCAAGCAUGGAGAGGCUGGACAGACUCGUACGAUCAGGAUCCAUCUCUUCCCCCGGAUGGCGCCGCGCCUCGGCGACCCCGCGCAUCACCACCUUCCCGUGCCCCGGCUGCCAGCACGACAUCGACCUGGGCGAGCGCGGCAUCAGCAUGCUGUUCCGCAACUUCACGCUGGAGAGCAUCGUGGAGCGCUACCGGCAGGCGGCCCGCGCCGCCGUGGCCAUCCUCUGCAACGUGUGCAAGCCUCCCAACCAGCAGGAGGCCACCAAGAGCUGCAUGGACUGCAAGGCCAGCUACUGCAACGAGUGCUUCAAGCUGCACCACCCCUGGGGCACGCCCAAGGCCCAGCACGAGUACGUGGGGCCUACCACCAACUUCAGACCAAAGGUCCUGAUGUGCCCUGAGCACGAGAUGGAGAAGGUGAACAUGUACUGUGAGGUGUGCAGGCGUCCCGUCUGUCACCUCUGCAAACUGGGCGGUUCCCACGCCAACCACAAAGUCACGUCCAUGAGCAGUGCCUACAAGAUCCUCAAGGAGAAGUUGUCCAAGAGUAUCCAUUACCUAAUCAGCAAAGAGGACCAAGUGCGGGCUCAGAUAACCGACCUGGAGGUCUUGAUUCAUCAAACGGAGGAGAACGGGCAGCUGAUGGAGAGGCGGGCCAACGAGCACUUCGAGCGGCUGUUCGAGGCCCUGCAGGAGCGCAAGACGGACAUGCUGCACUCCAUCGAGCAGUCGCGCAACCGGCGGCUGGACAAGCUGCGGGGCCAGGUGGACGAGUACCAGGGCAUGCUGGAGAACAGCGGCCUGGUGGGCUACGCCCAGGAGGUGCUCAAGGAGACCGACCAGUCCUGCUUCGUGCAGACCGCCAAGCAGCUGCAUAUCAGAAUCCAGAAGGCCACAGAGUCCCUGAAGACGUUCCAACCCUCAGCCAACCCUUGCUUUGACGAGUUCCUGGUGGACACUUCUAAAGAGGAGGCCAUGCUGAAGGAACUCACGUUUGGUGGAGUCCCCGACCCCCCCAUGAUCGACCUGACGCGCAGCCGCAUCUACAACGAGACCCAGAUCCACUGGCGGCUGUCUGAAGACACCCUGCCCACCGAUCACCACGUGCUGGAGUACCGCAGGUUGGAUGCCGCCGCCCCAGUGGACGAGGAGGGAAGUGCAGGAGGAGGAGGAGGUGGAGGAUGGCAGGCCACGGAGCACGUCUAUGGCUCCAGUGCUGUGGUGUCAAACCUGGAGAAGGAUGCUCUGUACUCCUUCCGGGUCAAGAGCUUCCGGAACGCACUGUCCAGCCCCUAUAGUCCUGAAGUGACCUUCCACACGCCACCCUCCUCCGUCUUCGGCUUCCUCUUUAACGACAAGUGUGGCUUCAGCUCGGAGCGUCUGGUGCUGAGUAAGCGUCGGGACUCGGUGGAGAGCGUGGCGGGCAUGUCCCUGCUGCUGUCGGCCGAGCGCGUGCAGACGGGCAGCUACAUCUGCCUGGACUACAUCAUCGGGGACACGGGCAUCUCCCAGGGACGCCACUUCUGGGCCUUCCGCGUCGAGCCGCACUCCUACCUGGUCAAGGUGGGCGUGGCCUCCGACUCCAAGCUGCUCGAGUGGUUCCACAACCCCCGCGACACCAGCAGCCCCAGAUAUGACCAUGACAGCGGGCACGACAGUGGCAGCGAAGACACCUGCUACGACCUGUCUCAGCCCUUCACCCUCAUCACCGUGGGCAUGGGCAAGGUCUUCAUCCCCAAGGCCACCUCUCUGGGCGCCUCGGGCACCUCCAGUGCCACCAGCGGCGGUGGCAUCGGUAUGGGCGGCGGCGGCGGCGACCACCAGACGAGCCGCGUGCUGCCCAUGCCGGGCCGCAUCGGCGUCUUCCUGGACUACGAGGCGGGCCGCGUGGCGUUCUACGACGCCGACAGCAUGCGCAUGCUGUACGAGCGGCAGGUGGACUGUUCCGGAACCAUGUACCCGGCGUUUGGCCUGAUGGGCAGCGGCGCCGUGCACCUGGAGGAAGUGAUCACCAGCAAGCGCCUUACCUACAUGUGAACAGGAGAGAAGGACAGAGCAGAGCAGAGCGGGAGGAAGAGGGGGAUGAUGAGCGAGAAGGGGGAGAGGAUGGGAGAGUUUGUUGACAUCUGUGCAAGAUGUAGGGGAAACGGGAGAGGGGGAGAAGACAAGAAAGCAGAGCUUUUGUCUCUCUGGCUUCUCUUUGCUUCUCUUGCCUACAUGUGAGAGAGUCUAUGAAAGAGAGAUGUGAACAAACAGAGGAGAGAAGAGGGGGAGUUGAGGGAUGUAGGGUUUUUGUUGCCAUCUGAACGAGUGUAGAGGAGAGUGGAGAAGAGGAGUAGACAAAAGAGCAGAGGGAGGCUUGGCUGUUUCAAUCUGCUUGUUUUUGUCUGUCUGGCUUCUCUUUGCUUCUCUCGCCUACACAUGAGCAAGUCUGGGAGUGAGCUGGGUAGAGCUGAAGAGGAGAGUAGAGUAGACGAGAGGAAGGAGGAGGCUUGCUUGUGUCAGUCCUUUCAUUCAGUCUGGUCUCUGCUUGCUUGUGUGCAAAUGUAGUGACGAGCAAGUGGAGGGAGACAAGGGACUGAAGCCGCUCUGCCUACGUGUGAGUGAAGGGGACCAAGGAGAAGAAAAGACCAGAGGGUAGUUGAAUGGAAUAUCUGGUGGGUGACUGAUAAAGGAGUGCCUGUCUUGAAGCAGGCCACAUCUCCUUCAGUCUGCUUGCAUCUGUCCCUCCUUCUCCCUGUAACGUUCCAAUCCUCCUGAUACAUCUCUUUGCUGUAAUCGUGAAGAUUUUUUUGUUUUAUAUUUAUGGUGAGGUGAUUUCCUGUCUCGAUUCUUUUCGCUGUCUCAUUCAGGUCAUUCUUUUGAGGUUUAAUUCCUAAUUGUUUUUCUUUUUCACAUUCUCUCUACAUAGUCAUUUCUUCUGUAACACGAACGAAAAAAAACAGCGAUAAAGUUUGAACCUGGGAAACCUGGCUGGUUAUGCCUAUGUGCCUUUCCUUACACAGGGGGUUAUGGGAUAUAGACAGAAAGGUGCUCUCUGAAGCUUCGUCACCUUAUUAGCGUCACUGCACACUGCUUACACUUUUCACACAUCCACACGCGUAGUUUCACCACACGAUGCAAUCACGAAUGCACAUCUUACUCGCUCUUUAUGUACUAUGAAUGUCAACUGCUACUAUGUUGUCGUCGUCGUUUCAGUUUGGCUUUUGAACUCACCUCUUUUAUGCACAGUGCAUGGGGCGUGUCAGACGAGCAAACUUGAAUCCCUUACUGUUACUAUCAAUUCUCAAUCUGCACUAAUAUCUUCAUCAUGUUGUAUCUGUAAACUAUAGCACUACCUACACACACUCACACACACACACACACACUGGGCUCUCUUUCUAGAUAUUUUCUUCUGGUGCUCCCUUUGGUGUAUUGUCAAAGUGUUGACACACUGUUGUAUGCGCGUAUGUCUAUUAAGUGCUGGACUGUUGGGGGGGCAAAAAGGAAAAAAAUGCACAUUAGUUUUGGUUUGAAGACACUGUUUUGAUUUUCUUGUAUGACAUUUUUUUAUAUAGUUUGCUUUAGUUUGCAUUGGAUGAAGCACAGUCACACACAUUUCAACACUUUUCACUUGUUAAUGAUGUAUGUACGUUUUGUGUGUUUCUUUGUAUGUAUGGGAUCCACAGCAUAUUCAUGUUGUAUUGUGAAUGUAUACUUUGAGGACAGACGGCUUUAACAUCACUGCUAUGUCUUAAUAAUCAAGAAAAAAAAACAGCAGCGGAACAGCUGUGAUGUACAUCUUACAGCACCAAUGCUGGAAACAUCAUGCAGCAGCAGUAUGGGGUCAGUAGUGUUGCCUUUAGGGCUCAGGCUGUGCGUAUUAUGGCCUUUUCUCUCUUAUCUAUCUAGUCACGUGUUUGGGACACACUGUAGCAGAGGUGGUUGAGUUUUAUGUUGUGCUUCUGUUGAAACUGAUUGGAAACGGGGAUUUUCAUUUCAGCGUUUUCUCAGGAUUUUUUAUCCCAAAGGGCCUUGUGCUACCUACCUCCUGUGAGCACUGGGGAAACGUUCCAACAAGGUUAUCGCCACGUUUUCUAAUAUCCUAACACACUGACACACUGAACUGAGCUUCACUCACAGUCCUGUUCUAAGCAUUUACUCGAUACUCUCUCUCGUAUAGUGUGCGUCGGCCUGUUUGGUGGUUUUAGGUGGUUGAUAUGCUCUUGAAGCAUUACAGUUACAUAGUGGUUAACACAGUAAGCAGACAUUGAUGGUAAAUUGUAUUUUUCUGUUGUUUCCUAACAGUUUGUUAUAGCUAACAAUGGAUAGGGGGAAUUUUAUCUGAAUUAAUGUGAUGACAGUCAUAUAAAACCAGUCAGAAUCUAUUCAUUCCUGAAAGCAUUUUUUUGUAGUUAUUAACUAUUUUAGUGCUGUCCAAUAACUUAUUGUUAAGUUGUUUUUGUUUGUUAUUUUUUAGUGGAUAAAAGGUUUGACAAAUGAUCUACCUAAUAUUAAGUGUCUAGUCUUUAAUUUAUUUUUGGUGUUGGUAUAAUGUACAUAACCUUUUGAGUAUCUGUUUGGUCAUUCCAUAUUUGAACACACUAAUACUACUGCUGAUCGUGUGUGUGGAUCUGUGCAGAUUGAAAAAAAGAUGUGUGCUCAUGGUUGGUACGUGUGUGUUUUUAAAUUAAGUCAUUUUCUUAUUAUUUUCAUUGUUGCUUGGUAAUUGAAUGUAUGGACAGUCAUUUGGAGAUGAGGGGUUACAAAGUACCAAAAUGUUUUAAUAAGUUUAGCCGUGGUGUUGAUGCGUGUUUUUAAAAGAGUUUCACGGAUCAUGUUCUUGGAAGAAUUUGUAGCAGUAGCAGUUGAUGGUGGUGGUUAUUUCAUAAAGCUAUACUGAGCUGGUGUCGUUAUUGUAAGAGGGUACGUUUUUCUUUUUUGUUUAGUUAUCAGUAAGCAUUUUAAGAAAAUAACGUCAUAUCCUAAGGGUUCCCUGUCUAUUCUAAUCAAUGGAGCUAGCACUUUAUAGCAUGGUCGCCACUUGUCGGUACAGGUCCGUGUGGAUUUUAUGGUGUGUGCAAUAUUUAGAGUGCAAGAGGUGGUACUCCUCUCUCUGUGAGUGUAAUGCUUUAACAGAAAUGAAAUGCUGUCCUUCACUUGUGUCUGCCUACUGUAUGGAUUUAAAUUUUUUGCUGUGUGGGUUUUUUGUAUAAAAAAAGAAAUAAAAAUUAGUGUGUUUCUAAUUUUGAACAAAAA